AUGCCGAAAACCUACUACGCCAAAAAAAAGACUUUGGCAGAGGGUCUGAUGGACGUGGGCCUCAUGAUAGCCAAUGCCAGUCAGUUAAAGGCCGUGCUUGACGCUGGCUCCGCCCACGAAUAUUAUCUGCUACUUGUAGUGCUCAUCAGCAUCUGUCUCUUCUUACAAGUGUGCAUUGGUGUUCUAAUCCUGGUCCUUGGGCUCACGGAGGACAACGAGGAGGAAGACCCGAGGUCCAGUAAGAUCAACAACAGUGUCGUCGGCUUAAUUUUCGCCGUGACAGUCCUCAACAUAUUUAUCGGGGGUUUUGGAAUAUCAACAUCUCCAAAUUAA